CAGCCGCGCAGGCCGGGAGCUGGGACCUGCCUGCUGGGGGACACUGCCUCCCCACGGGGCUCCCGGGGACCGUCCAGCCACAGAGGGGGAGCGCCGGGUGCCCGCGGCCCCCGCCCCGUCCCCUGCGCCCGCAGCAUGUGGCUCUUUGAGCGGAUCCGCGGCUCGGUGGAGAACGGGGCGGCCCGGGCGGGUGAGGCGGGGGACAAGCAGGCCAAGGGCCCCCUGUACAGCAACGUGCUGACCCCCGACAAGAUCCCCGACUUCUUCAUCCCACCCAAGCUGGCCACGGUGCCGCCCGAGGCCGAGGGGACGGAGGCCAAGGCCAAGGCCAAGGCCAAGGCCGGGCUCAGCACCUCGGCCUCUGAGCAGAACCUGUCGGCCCGCAAGGCCCAGCGCAGCCCGCGGCUCCCGGCCAAGGCCGCCGCGGAGAGCAAGAGCCUGCUGAAGGCCGCCAGCCGGCACAUCAUCCAGAUCGAGAGCGCCGACGAGUGGGCCGACGAGGAGGACUUCAGCACCAACGCCGACCCGCAAGCCCAGACGGCCAUGUCCCUGCCCUACGUGCCCAAGGCGCAGACCUCCUACGGCUUCGCCACGCUCAUGGAGAGCCCGCACACGCGGCGCAAGGAGUCGCUCUUCCACAGCGAGCACGGCAGCUUGUGCCAGGCGCAGACGACUUCCCCCAGCGCCCAGCGCCGGGCAGGGGGCAAGGUGAACGGGGACGGCGCCCACCUCGCCCCCUCCGACACGGGGGCGUCGCUCAUGAACCCCUACCGCUACUUCAGCGGGGGCGAGAGCGACACCUGCUCCUCGGCCGAGUCCUCGCCCUUCGGCUCCCCGCUGCUGUCCCGCUCCGUGUCCCUGCUCAAGCUCUUCGGCCAGGAGAGCCAGGCCAAGGUGAUCAAGCUCAAGCACUCGGUGGCUCGCAACAGCUCCCUCUCCACCGACGACAGCUCGGCCGACACCAGCCCCAGCUCCCAGCGCCGCCUGCGCUGCGCCACCCCCCCGACCCAGCCGCCGGCACCCCCCGAGUCCCCGGGGCCCGAGCGGCAGCAGAGGGAGCACACGCUGAGCCUGAGCAAGGGGGGCAGCCUGCGGCUGACGGCCGACUACGACGCGGCCCGGGCCCGGCUGCGGGUGCGGGUGAUCGCGGCCGAGGAGCUGUACGACAAGCUGUGGGAUGCCCGCAGCAUCAACUGCUGCGUGGGGCUGCACCUGAACCCGGGCAAGCUGCAGAAGCAGCGCAGCACCAUCAUCAAGAACAGCCGCAACCCCGUCUUCAACGAGGACUUCUUCUUCGACGGCCUGGGCAUCAGCGCGGCCCGCAAGAUGUCCCUCAAGGUCAAGGUGGUCAACCGGGGGGGCAGCCUCAAGCGGGACACGCUGCUGGGCGAGAGGGAGCUGCCCCUCACCUCCCUGCUGCCCUUCUGAUGAGCCUCGUGGCUGCCCCGUCCCGCCCUGCCAGCGCCCGGCGGGCAUCAGAUGCCUCCCCCGGGGGCGGGGGGGCAUCCGAUGCUUCCCGGGUCGGUCCCCUUGGCCGACGCGGAGCAGCCCCCUGCACCAGCCUCCUCGAGAGCGAGCGGCUGGCUUCUCUAGACGGGGUGGGCGAGGGGUGACGGGG